UAUUAUUACGUCGUUGAGAGAUGCGUGUAAGCGUAAUCGCGUAGGUAGGUAGGUACGCACGGAUAUCCCGUCCAUGAUCACGAGGUAUUGGAUAACGUCUCGCGGAUCAUAAAGCGCGAUCGCUGAGGAUGUCCGUCGACGCGAAGACGAGUGAACCGGUCGACAGCCUUUUCGAAACGUCGAAUGUUCAUGUGAAUAACAAUGGUUCGCGUCACGGCGGCGGCGGCGGCAGAGGAGACGGAAGGGACGAAACGUGCAUCGCAACGUCUCGCAACGCCGAGAAGGAAAGACGGAACUUGCCGCCGACUCUCCUCGACGUAAUCACGGGACCGGUAACUUCCAAAUUAAGUUCCCGACGCCCGAUGCCGAUGGAAACCGAAGGAAGCGCGCGCGGUGGACCAACCGACAACGUCCUCCGGGUUUUGCCGAGGAAGGGCUUCGCCACCGAUCGAUGGCCCGGGAUCCGGCACCUCUCGCCAUCGGGACGAUAAAUGGGGUGUACUGAGAUGCAUUACGCUGCUUAGGCAGAUUAAGAUUUGAUCUCGGGAAAAUUGUCUAGAGACUAUCCAAAUUUAUUUAGCGGAAAGAGGAAUCGUCGUGUCGCGAA